CUGAGGGAGAGGGGGGGCAGAGCAGCCACCACCUUCCUGGAGGCUCUUGCAGCACUCUGCUCUCUUCCCAGCUAAGGAAAGAGUAUGGCGCCAACGUGGUCCCAGCCUUUCCCCCAAAGAAGAUCUUCACACUCACCCCGGCAGAGGUAGAGCAGCGACGGGAACAGCUGGAGAAAUACAUGCAGGCUGCAGCGGAGGGGCCGGGGUGCCAAUCCUGCGUUUCUCUCCAGGAGACGCAGCAGAUCCCCACGGAGGAGGUGGUGCUGGAAGUGCUGCUCUCCAAUGGCCAGAAGGUCAAGGUCACCAUCCUUACCUCGGACCAGACAGAGGAUGUCCUUGAGGCCGUGGCCUCCAAGCUGGAUCUGCCAGAUGACCUGGUCGGCUACUUCAGCCUCUUCCUGGUGAGAGAGACCAAGGACGGAGCUUUUUCCUUCGUGCGGAAGCUGCAGGAGUUUGAGCUGCCGUAUGUGUCUGUCCCCAGCCUGCACAACCCCGAGUUCAGGAUCAUCCUGCGCAAGAGCUACUGGGACUCCUCCUAUGACGACGACGUAAUGGAGCAUCGCGUGGGGCUGAACUUGCUGUACGCGCAGACGGUGUCAGACAUCGAGCACGGGUGGAUCCUUGUCAACAAGGAACAGCACCGGCAGCUGAAGUCCCUGCAGGAAAAAGUCUCCAAGAAGGAGAGGGGAGCUGGCGGUGGUGGAAGGCUGGUGGGAGCCAGGCAGAGGGCCAGCACCCGGCUGGGGCUGCCCUCCCUCGGCACGGGGGCCCGGGAAGCUGGCUGCCUUCCCUCCGGAGGCUCCCAGGCUCAGCGCGUGCCCUUGCAGGUGCCGAUGAGCAAUGGCCCCUCGGGGAGCAGCCCGGGCAAGUCUGAGGUGAAGCUGGAGUUGGCUUUCGAGUAUCUAAUGAGCAAGGACCGGCUGCAGUGGGUCACCAUCACCAGCCCACAGGCCAUCAUGCUGAGCAUCUGCCUGCAGUCCAUGGUGGAUGAGCUGAUGGUGAAAAAGUCUGGAGGCAGCAUCCGCAAGAUGUUUCGCCGGCGGCUGAACGGGGCCCUGCGGCGCUCAGACAGCCAGCAAGCUGUGAAAUCGCCCCCGCUGCUGGACUCUCCCGACGCCUCCCGGGAGCCGAUGGCCAAACUCUCGAGCAAGCUCACCUCUGUCAGCCUGCGAGGGAUCAGCCACUCCAGCUCUGCUAACGAUGUGGGCACUAACGACUUCCAUGGCAAUUAUGCCUUUGAGGGCAUUGGCGAUGAAGAUCUGUAGUGCCCCCUUUCCCAGGACGGCACUGGCCCGAGGGCCUUGGCUGAGGAAUGUAUGACCUGCAGACAGGUUGCAAUCGACGUGCCUCUCACCCGCUACAUCCACCUCCCCCUGCUCCCCCCAGGCUGGGGAGCUCGCCCCCAGCCCACCGUUGCCUUUGGGGUGGGGGCAGCUGAACUCCUCCUGCUGCUGGCUCCAGCUGGGAGAGGGCUUGUUCCCAGGGCGGCACCAGCCCAACCUGAGAAGCGUGCCCAGGCCGAGCCCUGGCGCAGCGCCGCAGAGCCUGGCCCAGCGCGGGGGGCAGAGCUGCCCCUUCCCCAGCCGGGAGGGCCUGGCCCGAGCGCCCAGCUGCCCUGGGGUGGCUGGGG